AUGGACUAUCAAGCUCAGCUGCAAGCUCUCGCGGCCGAGGUAGUCGCCGCCAACGCCGAGAGGAGGGAGGCACUACAGUCCACAGCGAAGGCGUGGUCCGACCACAACGAAGCAGAGGCAAAAGUCACAGGCCUCACCGCGGAGGUUCGACAGCUCAAAGCCGAGAUUCGAAGGCUCAAUCCUAAAGGCUUGUUUUCCACUACUCAGACUCAUGCGUCGCAUCCCGAAAGAAGCUCUUCCGAGUCCGAAGAAGGUGUUCUUGGCCUCGAGUCACGCAAGAGACGUCGGUCAGUGAGCGCGGAUAGCACCACGGACGAGCUUUACGACAGUACUCCGCCUCGGCACAUGGGCAUAGGAUCACCCGGCGACAAGAGGAGCAGGUUGUCUACCACGGGCGGCGGCAGCUCGACGCAAGACUCCAUCCCUUCGAACCUGACCUCCCGCAACCGCUCGCGAAUACCUGUGGUCACGAUUGGCGUCUACGUCUUCAGCGAGCAGGGUGAGGUGACAGUGACCCCUCUCGAUGCCAGCAUUGUGCCUCAAACGGUGGUGACUGCCGUCUACGACCUCAUCAGCUACAUCAAGCAUCCCGAGAACAUCCAAGAGUCUCACAAGGGCGGUUGCCGUCGUCAGAAGUUGCUUAAUAGGGAGACGACCUGGUACUAUUUCAAGGAUAGCGAGAGGUCAGUACACGAAGUUGCUUGCGGGAACUGCACCUACAGGCAACAGCCAUGCUCGCGCGCCAGCGGCCAGAUUUACGACAUCAUCCUCGCACCCCAGGCAGAGAAAUUUCGCAGCUCUGUCAAACCGAGCUCGUCGGAGCACUUCGUCUCCCCGACACAGCUCGGAGCUCCUGCUAUCCUCCAAUCAUUUGGGAGUCCGAAGAGCAAAGAGCGUUGGUACACUUGGGAUGAACGGCCUGCACGCAAACUCCACGAUUUCUGGUACUAA